UAAGCUCAUCGCGCUAGUCAUUAAGCCCAUUUACGCUAGUCAUUAGGAUCGUAUUGCUGGUCUUUCGCUCGGGCUACGUUCAUUCACUAACGCAUCUCCUGUCCACUCGCUAGAGGCUGCGCCGGCGGACGUAGAAGGUACCGUGCAUGGCGUUGUGUGACGGUCUGUGAGCUGCACGUACUCGUACUGUAAAGUGUGACGGUUAAAAGGCGAAAGGCACGAGCUGGUGGUGUGCGGUAGCGUUGUCAGUGCAUAGCGUGGAAGUGAAACUAAUGGCGGUUUCACUGACUCAUGUCCUGUUUACACGGCAGAGGUGGAGGUGGCUCCGGCAAUGGAAGAUGAAGCCCCUGUAGAGGAGGAAGGUAAGGGUACGAACCUGUGUGCGCUUGCAUUACAUCACGUACAGAACCAGGUGUGUGAAGUAUAGUCUGUAUUCACAGGCCAGGAUUGGCUAUACCCGUUAACCAAUUAAUCUCCUGUUCACAUGCCAGAGCCAGAGUCUGCCCCUGCAGAAGAAGAUGAGACUCCUGCAGAGGAUGCAGAGGAGGCCCCUGUUGAGGACGAAGCAGAAGCCCCCGCUGAGCAGGCUCCUGAAGAGGACGGCCUAGUGGAGGAUUCAGAACAUACUGAAGAUGAAUCCAGACCAAGACCGAAGAUGUUUAUGCCAAAUAUCGCCCCACCAAAAAUCCCAGAAGGAGAUAAAGUGGACUUUGAUGACAUCCACAGGAAGAGGCAGGAGAAGGACCUCCAGGAGCUCCAGUCCCUGAUCGAGGCCCACUUCAUCCAGAGGAAGAGGGACGAGGAGGAGCUGCUGGCUCUCGUCAGCAGGAUCGAGAAGCGGAGGGCAGAGAGGGCGGAGCAGCAGAGGAUCCGGUCGGAGCGGGAGAAAGAGAGGCAGACCCGGCUGGCGGAGGAGAAGGAGAGGAAGGAACAAGAGGAGCAUCGUAAGAAGCACGAUGAAGACGCCAAGAAGAAGAAGGCCCUGACCAACAUGACCCAGCAGUACGCCGGCAUCCAGCAGAAGGGCGAGGGUCGGAAGGGAGCCAAGAAGCAGACGGAGAGGGAGAAGAAGAAGAAGAUCCUGGCUGAUAGACGGAAGCCUCUGGCCAUCGAUCACCUCAGCGAGGACAAGCUGAAGGAGAAGGCCAGCGAGCUGUGGCAGUGGAUGAUGGAACUGGAGGCGGAGAAGUUUGACCUGGGCGAAAAACUGAAGAGACAGAAAUACGACAUCACUCAGCUCCUGGCGCGGGUCCAGGACCACCAGAGUGCCAAAGGUCGCGGCAAGGGCAAGGUGGGCGGGCGGCUGAGGUAGAGUGGGCAGCAGGUGGCAGACGCAAGUUUCAGUGGAAGGAAGACGCAAGUUUAUUUAGUUAAAACGUCGGCGCUGGGAGGACAUGGCUUAUUUGUGCUUCGUUGUGUGUUCAAACAAUAAACAAAUCUCUGCAUCGGU